AUUAAACUCAUUGGUUACGAAAUAGGAGAAAUAUCAAUAUAGCCGUGAUCAUGUAAUAUUAGUUUUACUGCCACCACGUACAAGUGGCUGGAAUUAUUUUGCUUCUUUGAUUCACACAGGCACAAAAGCAAAAUGCCCGAAAACAAGAGAAAAAUGCAAGUGCUGUUCAGAAUUGAGAAAUAUCAUAAGUUCAGACUUUUCCUUGUGAAUCAUGGUAUAAAGUUUCCUAUAAUACACAGUAUCCACAAGACGACUAGAGACAUUUGUAAAUAAUAAAUGUAGAGUCGCUCGGAAGAGAUGUGUGAAAAAUAUAUAAAGAAAUCUAAUCUUACAAGAUUACUUCAUAAAAACAAAAAUGUAUUAGUGCACUUGAGCAUGCAGCGCGGACUGGUGCGAGUGCCCACUUCCAUGUAAACGUUCUAUAAUAUACAUUGUUGGAUGUAGUUUAAAUCUGCAAAUAUUGUUGGAUGUUGUUUUACUACUGUUCUUGUUUCUCAUAAAAAAAGUUAAACAGCUGGAAUUGCUAUCUUCUGCUACCUCUAUGUGUCUAACUCUCGGUCACACGCACUGUGUGACACAACUGCCAGUAGAUCGCACUGGCUCUCCUUGUAAUAAAGAGGUCCAUGCUUUUCUUCUCCAUUGUAAAGAAUAACCCGUAAAAAUGCAAUGCCACAGGCACUCUCUGUUAACCUGUCUUUAUUUAGGCAAACACAUUACCAUAUAAGUAGGAACCUUGCAUGGCGUCCUGUCUAACUUGAGCAACAUCGCAAGCGCGCAAACCAAACCCCCAAUGGCAUCCUUCUACGCAGCCAUAGGUUUCAUCCUCCCCUUCCUCCUCACCGUUGAGGUGGCGUUGCCCCAAUCUACAGGUUCCCCUGCCGCGGCGCCACCGACCACCGGGUCGUUAUCCAUCGAGGACGCCUGCAAGCAGUCCGCCGAGUUCUACGACCUCUGCAUGGCGAGGCUCUCCCCGGACCGGUCCUCCUUGACGGCUGACCCGGUGGGCCUGACCAGGGCGGCCAUCCUGGCUGUCCAGAAGAACGCGUCCGAGACAGCCACGUUCCUCUCGAGCAUCGACGAAGAUGACAACUUCAACAAGACGGCACAGCUGCAACAAUGCCUCGAGGACUGCGGGGAGCGGUACGAGGCAGCCGUGGAGCAGCUGACGGAUGCGACGAUGGCACUGGACACGGGGGCUUACGACGAGUCGCAGGCGCUGGUGUCGGCAGGCCAGGCGGAGGUGAAGCUGUGCCAGAGAGGGUGUCAGGACGUAGCAGAACACCGGAGCAUCCUCAUGGCGCGCAACACUGAGGUCGACCACCUCUGCAAUAUCACUCUAGCUAUAGCCAAGCUUAUUCCCCGGUGACCGGACUCUGCUCGCUCACGGUGGUAUAUGACUGCCAUAUACAUGUCUAAGAAGCCAUGGUGGCUAGUGCAUUAAUUUAUCUAGCAGGUGUGAGCUGGAUCAUGCCUCUUGACUGUCUGUGGAAACUAGCUGAAUAGCCAUAUUUUACUACGGAUAGAUAACCAUGCUAUGCAACAGAUUAUGCUAUCAUCGUCAUACUCACUCUGGUCCACACCAACAGAUUAAUUUACUACUCCCUCCGGUCCAUAAUAAGUGUCGCAGUUUUGAACUAAGGUUGAACUAAGCUUAGUUCAAAACUGCGACAGUUAUUUUGGAUCGGAGGGAGUAGUUCAUUUUAUUUUCUUCAGUACACAAAUUAACAAUAUGUGUUUUCCCAAAAUUGACAGGUUUCAUCCGUUCCAACAUCAUGCACCAACAAUAAAAUUUCAUACUCCCUCCGUCCCAAAAUAAGUGUCUUAAGCUUAGUACAAUUUUAUACUAGAGCUAGUACAAAGUUAAGACAGUUAUUUUGGGACGGAGGGAGUAUAUUUUUUCAUGACUUAUAAGUGUCCCUUUUGAUUCAACUCAGAUCACCAGGUGUGUGUGCAUCCAAGUGCAAAAAAUCCGCUUUCCAUAGAGCAUGUCACACUGGAUAAAAUUGAACAUGAACAACAUGGCAGAACUUACAAUAACUAAGGCAUUCCGUAAGAACGAAAAGAACGAAUUUCAUUGCCUUUCAUCACUAGCAUUGUUCUCUAAUAAAUAUUUACUUUAACUGAACAAUAGAUUUUCAUCUAAACUUUCUUGACAAUCUGGUAAAACAGUUUGGGUUUUUAGGGCCUGCUUGGUGCUUGCUAUUGCGGUGGCGUACUAAAAAUAUUCUAUUUUAUUAUUUUACAUAGUACUAACUGACUGCGAGCCUCUUUUUUGGACUUUCGACCCAUCACAAGCAUAGUUCGCUAGAAAAGGCAAAUAGCCCAGUGACAAACUGACAAACAUUGGUUCCAAAGUAUGGUGCAAUAAAGCCAGAUUGGGCGUUAGGCAUCUGAUUCUCCAAAUGUAGGACUAUGGGGAUUUCAUGAUAAAAUCAACAUCUAGUUCUAAGAUACGUGUGAUUCAUAUAAUAUAAGAACGAAAUA